GCUCGACAUGACCACCAGGGGUCACUGUGGUGGCGACUCCUACUAGGACCAAUCAGAACGGGGCUCUGGGGUCGUUACCAGGGAAACCAGGAAGUUACAGGAACCAAGUCUACUGUUAUUAUCCGUUAUCUGGUUAAAAUAACUUACCAUUUAAGAUGAAAAUAGUAAUAACUCAAUUGGUGGUAGCUUUUGAUAUUUCAUGAUUUGGUCUUUUUUUUUUUUGUAAACAAGCUACAGGCUAGUGACUGUUACAGUAGGUUCAUACCGCGGUUAGCUACAGAGCUAACAGAUUCCCGGCAGCAUCUACAAGACACAAAGGAAAAGCUCCUCAUCAAUCAACUGAUCCUGGUUAGCAGUUAGCUAACGUUACCUUUGCUUGCUUUCAGAUGAGCUAGCAAAAAAAGCCAUUAGCUUGCUAGCCUAAAACAAACCGUAUGGGGUGUUGAUUUGGAAGCUAGGAAGCUUAACUAGCGAGUUAUAUCCCCCUCAUUGGCAUAUACUUUUACGCCCUACUGACUUGAAUUCCUUGGAGGAGGAGGGUUGGCUGAUUGCCUCUGUGUGGUGUGCAGCUAGCUAGUUAAAAACAAUGGCUGGCAUUCAUGCUGAAUGAAGCAAGACAUGGGACCCUGCUGCUGGACUUUAGCUGAAACCCCUGGAGGAAAGACAACGGCAGACCUGCCUUGUGAUCCGACUGAGAUGAUUUGGUUAAGAAGAACAGCCCUCAGCAGCAGCAGCGUCCCCAGUCGAUUCAACCCGCACUGAAAAGAAGGUGUCCCCUCCCGUAUGGACGUGUGUAAACCCAACCCCAACCGUACGGCCCCAGUGAGUGAGGCUGGGCCCCGGCGGGACCUGCCUCUGUGCUCCAGGACCAACGGGUGGAGCUGGCCUCCACACCCCUUCCAGCUCCUGGCAUGGCUCCUCUACCUCUUCUUCGCUGUCACCGGGUUUGGAGUGUUUGUCCCCUUGCUUCCCUCCCACUGGAUCCCUGCUGGCUACAUCUGCACGGGCAUCAUGUUUGUGUGUCACCUGUUCGUCCACCUGAUGGCGGUUUCCAUCGACCCCGCGGACUACAACGUCAGGGCCAAGAGCUACCACGGCCCCGUGCCCGUGUUCGACCGCACCAAACAUGCCCACGUCAUCGAGAACUGCCACUGCUACCUCUGUGAAGUAGACGUGGGCCCCAAAUCCAAACACUGCAGUGCCUGUAACAAGUGUGUUGCUAGUUUUGACCAUCACUGCAGGUGGCUCAACAACUGUGUCGGGAGCCGGAAUUACUGGCUCUUCCUGAACAGUGUGAUCUCUGCUCUGCUGGGUAUAUGCCUGGUGGUCGUCAUCGCCAGUUACAUCUUCAUCGAGUUCUUCUUGGAUCCCUCAAAGCUGCGCACUGAUAAACACUUCCAAGUGAAGAAUGAGACGGUGGUGUGGUUUGUUUUCCUGCCUGUGGCUCCGGUCUCCACAGCAGGCCCAGCCAUCCCUGCCCUGGCUGGCCUCACCAUCGCCCUGGGCCUGCUCUCUGGUCUGCUGCUGGGGCAUCUACUCUGCUUCCACUUCUACCUCAUGUGGAACCGUCUGAAUACCUAUGAGUACAUCGUCAGACAGAGGCAUCGCCAGGAGCCCAGAGACAUCAGUAAAGGAGUACAGGGGACCCAAGCAGCGCCUCCUAAAUCCAACCUCAUCAAGGAUGUAAGCUACUCGGGGACUCUGGGCUAUACCAACCCUGAGAUGGAGGUGGAGGAUCCUACCACCAUGGCUGCAGCGCGGGGGGGGCUAGAGUACUAUGGCAACGGCAGAGUUCAUAGUUCAUCCAGCAGGAUGGUUGAAGAGGAGCAGUUACCCACCGUCUCUACUGAGCACAGAGCUGCACCACGGAGACACAUCCAGAAGAAAAAGAAGAAAGUCCACAAAGUGCCAGCGGAGGUGAUCAACGACCGUUCCACUGAGACCAGCAGCAACAGAGACCCAGCCUUCAACACUACAGAACCUGACUCCUGCAGUGUAACUCCAGUCCCCACGUCCGUGUCCCACCUGUCCAGCUCCCUGAGCCAGCACCUCUCCUUCCCCCUGCGGGCCUCCCAGCCCCCCACUAGCUCCCUACAUCCUGGUCUCCAACCUGACCCCGUGCUGCCCGCCGGGCCCCCUGCUGAGUAUCACUCUGACUCUGCAGAGUCCCUGGAGGAGAUCCCCGUGGCGUUGGCACGACUGGGCACCUCCGCCGCGGCAGGAACGUCUACGGGUAGGACUGCAGCGUCUGGGUCGUCAUCUCAACGCUCUCUACUGCUGCCUGCAGCCCGACCCCAUCCCUCGCCCCAGCCCCGGACCAAGAGGAAGUCCUCCGCACACAGCAGCAGGACAGGGGGAGGGGGGGAGCAGAGGUUUGAGAUGGCCACCCAGCCUCCUACGGUCUACGUCAGUAGGAGUAGUGGACAGCCGGGGGGAGGAGCCCAGCACCGGGACAACAAACACAGCAGCAGACAGGCCAGUAGGAGAGGCCUGGAGCAGCCUGGUCCUGGGUCCAGCUCCAACCAUAGCUCCAGGGCAGGCACCCCAAUGGCGUAGACUAGCUCCCCCAGGAUGGACCACUGGACCCUGGGCCCCAGGAUGGACCACUGGACCCUGGGCCCCAGGAUGGACCACUGGACCCUGGGCCCCAGGAUGGACCACUGCACCCUGGGCUGGACCCACCACUGGGUCCUGGCUGGAGGGCUGGCUGUGUAACUGACUGGCUGUCUGACUGGUUGGCUGGCUGGCUGGC